AUGGACAGAUCACUUGAAACGAUUGAAGCCGCUGAAAGGCUUGAAGAGCUUUCACAGGAUAUUUUAUUCCUCGUAAUGCUGAUUUUUUGUGGUGGUACUUUCUUCAUGACGCACAUGUCCAAAAUACCUCUACCGUACACAGUUGUUUUAUUUUUGUACGGUAUCUUUGUCGGAUGUGUGGCCCGUGUGUUCACCCCAGGUGUUGCCACUGCACUCGGCGGCAUUCCACCGGAUCUGUUAUUCUACAUCUUUCUACCGGUGUUGAUAUUUGAAGGCAGCUACGCUAUGAAUGUUCAUGCCUUGCGUCGUGUAUUCCCCCAAGUGCUGCUGCUAGCUUCUGUUGGUGUAAUUGUCAAUACUGGGUUGCUUGCCCUCGCUGUAAAGUGGUUCUUUGUGGAGUGGUCAUGGUAUGCGUCGCUGUUGCUGGGAUCUUUGUUGUCCGCGACGGAUCCCGUGGCCGUGGUGUCGUUGCUUAAAGGCCUUGGUGUGGACAACAGGAUCACUGCAAUGGUGGAUGGGGAAGCUAUAAUGAAUGAUGGAACCGCGAUCAUUGCCUUCAAACUUCUGCUACCUGCUGCGCGUGUUGGCCGUGUGGAGGAUGCCUGCUGGGUAAUACUGUUGAGGUGUGUUCAGCUUGCAGUCUUACCUGUUAUUAUUGGGCCUAUUUUUGGCUUUAUAAAAGCGUAUUGGUUGCGCCAUACCACAAAUGGAUUGGUGAAGGCAUGUGUUACAGUAUCCGUCACCUACGUAUCUUACUACGUGGCUGGAAAUAUUAUAGGCACUAGUGGUGUAUUAACACUUUUCUUCAGUGGAACAUUUUUAAGUUAUUACUGUCCUUCUAUAUUUCCUGGGCGGGAAGGGAACUUGAUCCAUGAAAUAUGGGAAUUUCUGGUUCACCUCGGAAACACGGUACUUUUUUCACUGGUCGGCGUCAUACUUGUGGCAGAUGUUGUGCCUACGCUAAGGCUACAAGAUGUUUUGGUUAUUGUGAGCAUGUAUGCCGUGAUGAUUUUAGCACGAUUGAUCAUGUUGGAGGUCCUUUUACCUAUUCUCAACCUCUUUUCAUAUCGUCUGUCACAGCGGGAGGUUGGUUUACUCGUGCAUUCAGGUCUUCGAGGUGGGGUGGCAGUGACAUUAGCUUUGGCGGUGGUUCAGUCCCGAAUAGAGGUAGGUGUGGAAAUACUGAAAGUAACAUGUGGAGUGGUGCUCUUGACGCUGAUGAUCAAUGCCACAACAGCAAAAGAGGUGGUGGCCUUUUUGGGACAUAAACGCAAGGAGCAGCACCGAAUGGUUCAAAUGGAGUACGCCGUUGAACACCUUGGGUAUGUCGCUGAAAAGGCGUUGCAAAUUACUAAAAGUAAUCCAUUUUACCGAAAUGCAAACUGGAGUGCAGCAGAGAACUAUGUAAAAGAUUAUCUCUGUAAUCCAUAUGAAGAAAUGAGCACCUUGAAAGAGGACGACGAUGUCAUUGUGAACCGGCUUCUUAUGAGAGCGUUUAAGGCCUCUUUGUGGCGUCAGCGUGAUGAUGGUCUUGUGUCUGAAACUGUUGCUCUCACUAUUGCACGCGUUGUAGCACGGGCCAUUGAUAGUGGACGUUUGGUUGAGGUAGUAGAUCUCCGUGUGAGACAACCUUCCCCGGGAGUGCUAGUUAAUGAAGAAGAGGAAGCGGAAUUGAUAGAAGAGAAUCUUUUGCCACUUUGGGUGACGGUUUCAGAAUUUUUUCUGGGGAAAGGGUACUGGAAAAAAGUGUAUGUGCGCGUUCAGCAAAAUGCAUUCAUGAUUUUACUUUCAUUUGCGCGGUGUCUGGCUGAUGUUGGACCCAUCAAAUACCAGUAUGCUAAAGACGGACAACAGGGACAACGCAUUGAGGCGUGGGUAACAUCACAGAGAGAAGAAGUUUACCGUGUUAUACGAAACUUCUACGAAAUAUAUCCCACUGCUACCAUGUGUGUAGCUACCACCCGUGCGGUACUAAGGGCAGUGGAUGACAUUCGUAGGGAAUUAGAAAAGUUGCACGAUUCUCACGGCUUUGGCUUUAGGACUGUAACGGUGCUGGAAGAGGUUGUGCAUGAAAUGCACGAACACAUACCAAACUCAUGGGAAGCCCCAAGACGUAACAAUGAGUUGGUGAUUGCGGCCCUUGCAGCAACACCACUGGGCCGCGGCCUUGAUCCUGAAGAAGUGAACGCACUAAGCGCUAUGGGUGUCACAAAGGUGCUCAAUGAGGGUGAUGAGAUCAAGGUAGAUGACAAGGUGUUCUACAUCGUUGUUUUUGGUUUCCUGAAGCCAAAACGCGGUCGAUGGACGGCUUCCAGUGAUGGUGAAAGCGGAUUUGGAACCGUUAUUGGUCUUGAAGGUUUUGUCAUGCCACCACAGUUGCUUGAGGACCAGUUAAAUCUGUGGGUUGUAACAUCUGCCGAGUGUCAGGUUCUUUGUAUUUCAUACAGGUGUGUCAAGCCUUUUCUGUGGGAAAAAUCAUUCGAUUCUGUUCAAGCAUUCUGGAGAGCUGUGGCUGUGGAAACGCUUCUCCCGUCAUUAGAGAAAAUGAUAACACUUCCAUUGAAUCUGGAGGAAUCUUCACGAGUGCACUUGACAGCUAUAAUCAUGGAUGGAAAGCCGCUUAUUGGCCCAAAGGAAUGUAACACAAUGGACUGGUCAAUUCCGUUUCACUUGUGUUUCUAUCUUCGUGGAUCAGAUACAACUGGUUUGUUUUGCAGCGGGCACACAUCUCCCUGUUACAUUUCGUCCCUCUUUGCCAGACAGCUGAAAUGGGAAGAUCCACAGGUUGUGUUAUAUGCUGUGCCGGUGAAUGUGAGUGAUAACGGUUACGUCCCAUGGUCUCAAAACGCAUCAGUCAAUCGGCGCGCCUCUUUGUUACUGCGCAGGAGUUCUGUAGCUGAAGUGGACUUUGUUCCUCCACUGGAAACGGAGGAUAUUCGCAUGGGGAACUCCAGCACGUAUGCGGAGGCGGCUGAUAUCUUCAAUGCCAUUCUGCGUGGGCAUAUCCCCGGUGAAGAGGAGCCUGCCCCCUCUAGUAUCCCACAGGACCCGAUAGAUUAUAGCACCCCUGAUGGAAAAGACGUCUGCGUCUUGCAAAACCCAGCACAGUUUGUUACAAAUGUGCCAUAUGUAAAUCAGUUGUUUCUGCGGUACGCAUCCAUGUUAGAAGUUCUCUGUAUAGCUGCUUUUCGGUACCUUCGAAUGCCUUCAGAUCCUUUUAACGUGAGGAACGCACAGUACAUCUCGGAGCAGGCGCUGGAAUUCUUGAUGAGUUUCUGCAACGAGCUCAUGUUGUUAUCCGCGGCGUUGCGUCGCUCUCAUUGUAUGAUCUCGCAGCGAAGUUCUUCCUCUGCAACUCCUGACGCCGUUGCCAACGAGAAGGAAGAUAAUGAAUUGGAGGAUAUGAAGUUGAUCUGUAAGGUGAUCAUGUGGAACCGCACGGCAGCGACACACAAAGCUUUUCAUUUGAAGUCUAUGGUGCUUGAGAUGAAAUUGCUGGCCAACCGGCGCUUUCGUGGCCUCUCUGAGUCGUUAAGGGCUCUUGAGGAGGAGGAGCCCAGUUUAAAGGAGGCAGAUUGUGUUGAGGAGUUGCAACGCGUUCUACUGGGUCUCAACCGGUGA